AUGGGGCCGUGGUUCGCACUGUUCGAGGCAUGGGCCGUUGCACGCCUGAUCCGAUCGCCCGCCUUCAACCGCGCCGUGCAAAAGGCAUAUCGCAAGAUCCAUAGGCUGCCAGACUUUGAGCAGAAGAAUGGUGGCGGCAGAACCGGCCCCUCGUCGUUUGAUCACUUCAAGGACGAGGUGAAGAACCAAUUCAGAGAACUCACCUGGCAAAAGCGCCCUCGCAAAUGA